AUGAUUAGAAAUCGAUCACUUCGGCAUCAUUACGUCUAUAUUCCUGAGUCAUCGUCUAAAUUUUAUACACGACCACCGGAAACACCUACAUAUUUACAUGGAGACGCGCGACGUAACACACCAAUGGGAGAAGAUGGAAAACACCGUGGAUACCGAACACAACGUGUACCAUUGAUGCCACUUCCAGCAGGUCGUGAAACUGGUGCAAAAUUAUCACUUGAGAUCGUUGCUGAUAAAACUGGUUUAAAUCAUCGUUCAUCGUCAACAAUCGAACCCGUCACAACAAUGGCGCCACUAGCUGGAAAACCAGCCUAUUUCUACGUUCAAUUAUUACCAAUGAAAUCCAUGAAACGUUAUGAAACCUUUCCAUUGACCUAUGUUGUCUUCACAAAUGGAAAAAUUAUAUCAGCUGGCACAUUUAACAUUGAACCCACAAAAUAUUGUACAAUGGCACCACGUUCAAUUCAACCAGAACAAGAAGAUUCAUCAAAACCACUUCGAUGUGUUUUCAAUUCAACAUUAGAAAUCAUGAUGACACGUCAAAUGCUACCAUAUUCAACAUUGUUAGUGUAUGGUUUCAAUCCAGUCGUAGGUUUCACUGUUGCAGAAUCCUAUCGUUUCUCUGUUGAUGAUCUAUUUCGCAACAACUUGACAAUGAGUACGAGAGAAAGAGAAACAGGUAUCAAUCAAUCAUCAACACUAAAAGAAGACACCCGACACAGAGGACCAAAACUCGAUUUAUUAUUCAAUGGUUUAUCCGAAUCAACAGUCGGUGUCAACGUCAUCCCAUACGACGCUAUUGUACAAGAUUUACCCAAUGACAGUUCGGUUUUUUCGAUGGAUAGACACAUCGUCUGUUCGGGGGGAGGUGUCAAGAUCCACUCUCUCCUAGUUUAG